AUGGCCUUCAUCUUCUACCAAACAUUACCUGCUGUCAGGGUUACUGGGAUCCUAUCAAGGCAGACAAGACCAGCCUUCGUGAAACCCGCGUUCACACCACGUCGAGCUUUCUCAAUUAUCCCGACUCACACCAUGCUGUCUACAGAGCUAACCGAGGCUGAGGUCUCGGCUCUCAGGGCCAAUAAAGAACGCUUGGCAAAGGACCUUCAUCAUAGCUGUCAGUGGGGAUAUGGUAUUCGCUGGGGAGAUGGGCACACAGACACUGGUAUGCAGCGACUCGCGCUGUCACAGGAAGACAAGCAAGUACGGGAUUGGUUCAUCGAAACAACGAAGGCAUUGAAAUGCGAAGUUACGGUCGAUGAAAUGGGCAACAUCUUCGCUGUUCGCCCUGGACGACGGACCGACGUGCCACCCACUUUCAUUGGCAGCCAUCUGGAUACGCAGCCAACAGGUGGCCGGUAUGAUGGAAUCUUGGGUGUGCUCUCCGGCAUCGAAGCGCUCAAAGUAAUUGACGAAAUGAAUUUGGAGACGGAGGGUGGCAUUGGUGUUGUGAAUUGGACAAACGAAGAGGGCGCCCGUUUCCCUAUUAGCAUGGUGUCUUCUGGCGUUUGGGCAGAAUGCAUUUCUCUUGAACGGGCACAUGGGCUGAAAGAGGUCCCAACAGUCGCAUCUCUCCCGACCGCAUCUUCUGCCCCGGAGUCUAUGAAGUCUGCGUUGGAGAAGAUCAACUAUCUCGGAAGUGUCCCGUGCUCAUACAAGCAAACACCCAUGGCGGCCCACUUCGAGCUACACAUUGAGCAAGGCCCCCAUCUCAUUUCUGCAGGCCAGCACGUUGGUGUCGUUACCGCCGUUCAGGCAUACCGCUGGUUCCGCCUUACAAUCUUCGGCAGAGACACCCACACGGGUACCACCGCGUUCGAACACCGCGCAGAUGCCCUUUAUGCCUUUGCUCGAAUGAUGGUACGCGCUCGCGAGGUUGCCUCCUCCCACGGCUGUCUGGCUAGUGUUGGAAUUGUAGAGGCAAAGCCUGGCAGUGUGAACACGGUUCCCGGCACUGUCAGCUUCACUCUCGACAUUCGCGGCCCAGAAAGCGAGUUGGUCCAGGUCGUAGAAGAUCAAUUGAGGAAGGAGUUCGACUCGAUCGCUGCAGAGGAGGGUAAGGGUAUUGGCAAGCCUUGCCGCGUAGAGUGGACCCUCGACUUCGACUCGCCCGCUGUCAAGUUCCACCCUGACUGCAUCGAGUGCGUGCAGCAAUCCGCGGAGGCGGUCGUCUCAGACGUCAAUGCUGCGGAGCCCAAGUCCCUUAUGCGGACAAUCAUGAGCGGGGCAGGUCACGAUAGUGUCUUUACCUCCAAGAGAGUCCCGACCAGCAUGAUCUUCGUUCCGUGCAAAGAUGGGUUGAGCCAUCAUCCGGAGGAAUUCUGUUCUGCAGAUGACUGCGCAACAGGCGCAUCAGUCAUCUUGCAGGCAGUGAUCCGUUAUGAUCGGAAGAGGUUCUCGAAAUGA